AUAAAAGUGCAGCGAGUCAGCCUUCAACAGUCCCUGGGUCCAAGGCUGACACUUAACGCAAAAGGGGCGAGCUUGAGAGAUUGAGAGGGAGAAAAGGUUUCAGUAAAAUGCGAUCCCUGUCCUGGGCAAACCUCUUAGUGGCUGUAUGGAUUCCGCAUGCAGUGAACACUGGUGGACUCACAGGGCUUCCUUCCAAUCUAUCUGAAGCAGAUACGUCAACUGACUACUCCGGUGAUGAUCUUGCAUUUGCUUUUAUUGGCGUCGAUGAUGAAGAUUUCCGUUCAACAUGUGGCCCUCAUGCACAAUAUCAUGUAGCAAAUGGAAGUCUCCGCUGCACUUGUGAAAAAGGAUAUAUCCCAACUUCAGGAAAAAUCAUCUUGAGUAACAAGGCAGGGUGUAGAAGAAAUAUUUCAAAAGCCUUCAACGAUUCGGAAAGCCUGGAUACCUUCAUCCAUCAACUGCACCAAAAUGAUUUAUCUGAUUUAUCUGUGCCGGAAAUUGUAAAUUUCACAGAGGGUAUUGUCGACAACCCGAAAUGGGAGAGUUUGGAGCCUGACACCAAACACAGCGUGGCCUCUAAACUGCUGCAGACCGUGUCCAGUUCCAUGAUGGCGGCUGCUUUGAAUGCACCUUAUGGAACGUUGACAGCAUCAUCAAAGUUUCUGGAUCUCAAAAUACGGGUUCAUCGAGGAAACAUUUCAGAGAACGAAAGACUGACACUGAACGUAGGGGACAAUAAAAUGGAGCUUUACUGGAGAACAGCCACUGGAGGGAGCCAUUCAGGUGUCGCCGCAGUUGGCUUUAUUGCCUACGGUAAUCUGGAAUCCAUUCUGGACGGGGAUUUUGUGGACGAACAAAAUGGGAAAAGGGAAAAGGUGGGUGGGGAUUGCAAGCUGAUCUCCGAUGUGGUGACAGUGACGAUGGGAGAUGGGCAGAGAACCGAAUUGCGUGAACCCGUCAACUUCACCUUGAGGCACAAAGAGGAAAUAAACUCUAACAAAAUGCCGAUUUGUGUCCAUUGGGAAAAUGCGAAGGAGAGAAGCUUCUGGUCUCCCAUUAGCUGCAAAAUGGUGACUUUCAGUGGAAACCAUACAACAUGUGGAUGUUUGCGCCUGGCUAACUUUGCGAUUCUAAUGGCCCCUAUUGAAAUUGAGGAUGGAUUUUUCUUUCACAUAAUUAGUUUCGUUGGAGUCAGCUUAUCGCUCAUCUGUCUCGGAAUUUGCAUCAUCACGUUUGCCUUCUGUCGUUCCAUCCAGCAGGAGACUCGGACCAUUCACCUGAACCUGUCCCUGAGUCUCUUCCUGGCACUGCUACUGUUCCUAACGGGGAUUUCCAGGACAGAUAAUAAGAUUGUGUGUGCAAUUAUAGCAGGAUUUCUGUUUUACCUCUUCCUGGUGGCAUUUGCCUGGAUGUUUUUGGAAGGACUAUACCUUUUUCUCAUCGUGAGACACCUCCGCAAAGUUAAAGUUUCUCGAAUGACCGUUAUCAGUAAUGUACAUCUGUACACGAUUGGUUAUGUGCUGCCUGCUGUCGUGCUGGGAAUUUCUGCAGCCAUCAACCCCAGUGGUUUCGGAACAUCAAGACACUGUUGGCUACAAUUGGAGAGGGGAUUUAUCUGGAGUUUCUUGGGACCUGUUUGCUGCAUCAUUCUGAUCAACACAGCCCUCCUCGUUUCCAUACUCUGGAUACUGCAAAAACAGCUGUCUGGCCUUAACUCCAAAGUGUCGAAGAUUAAAGACACACGGAUGCUGACAUUUAAAGCCCUCGCGCAGGUUUUUAUCCUGGGAUGUACCUGGAUUCUUGGCUUGUUCCACUUUAGGAAAGAAACCAUUGUGAUGGCCUAUCUAUUCACCAUCAUCAACAGUUUCCAGGGCAUCUUCAUCUUCAUCAUCCUAUGUGUUUUGAACAAGCAGGUGAGGAAAGAGUAUCGCAAAUGCUUUGGUGGAAUCAAGAAACCAAGUUUGUGGUCAGAAUCAGCAAGUACAAAUGUGGUGACAGCAACAUUGGGAGAAGGGAGCGUGGUGGAAUCUAAAGUAUAGCGGCUGAAUCAUUCUAGAAAUUCACAGCGCAAGAUGCUACAGAUUACCACACCCUAUCAGCAAAGAGGAACUUGCAAUUGUUAAAGCCAUUUCAGUGGAAAUCUAAAAUCAAAGAUAAGGCUUUUAAGAAACCUGUUGAAAUAUCUGCAGCAAAACCCACAACAAAAUGGUUUGGGCACUGGGACAUGGCUGUGGGCAUAUUGUAUGCGGAUUAUAGAAAU